AUGGAUUUGCCUGAAUCGCUACCGCUGCCGCGGUAUCAGCCGCUACUGGUGGAGGCUAGCCAGAUGAGCUACCAGAACACGGUGGCGGUUAAGAACGCCGACGACACCUGGUGGCUGGGAUACAUUCAGGAUAUUAACGGCGACCAGGCCUUCAUCCACUUUGCCUCCACAACGGUCGCGCCGCGAUGGAUCCACAUGGAAAAUAUCUGGCCGCUGCCGUUCUACUUGGAACCGGGAGGACCCUACCCCGAUCAGCACCAGAAACUAUACGUGGCCCUGCGCGAUGAAGACGACGGACCCUUUCGCUUCCGACCCGCCCGAUGGUUGCGCUGCCUCCAUGGGUGUGAGGGCUCCUGCGGCAUGUUCUAUGUUACCACGCAACGGCGAGGUUCUAUCGACAACGCUCACGCACCCUCCACCUGUUUUGAAAUGGUGGACCGCGGUCAGGUCGCCGGUGUGUGGCCGCCCCCGGGUCCGCCGUUGUCGGAGCGACAGAAUGCUCUGUUGUACACCAAACACUGUAUUCCCUUUCCUGAGGCGGAGAAGGUUCUCCGCGACGCCGCCGACCCAUCCCGCAUGAUCAAGCAUCUCCGCGACGCUGUGGAAACGUUUCCGUUUAACCGCUGUCGUUUUCACCUGCGCGUCCAGAAGGAUGGUUGUACGUUUGUUCUGGCCGGUUCCGCCAGGGACGCGGAGACGGCGCAGAUGACGGAGGCCACACUGGUGACAGUACUGCAGAAACACGUAACCAGCCGAGCGAAUCUUCCACCCAUCAGAGACCGCAACGUCUUCGUGGCCCCGGGUUUGGAAAGCGAUGCACUGAUGGUGCCGGCACGAAUCAGGGAACUCACGCCGUGGCUCUUGAGCGAUAUCCUGUCCUACCUGGAUAUUCACUCCCAAAUGAGAGCCAAAGGGGUUUGUGCAUUGUGGCAGCAUUUGCUGAACAGCGCGCACAUGACUGAGCAUGUUAGCAUCUCCUUCGAAAGCUGUUAUCAGCUGAAAUCCGACAGCGGUAACUGCUUGAAAGCGGCUACUCUCCUGAAUCGCUACAUCACUUCCCACACCAAAAGCCUGACCGUGCUGCGAUACCUCCCGGUCCACAACGUCACUUUCUUGUGGUACUGGUUGGAGGGCAUGCAACAAAAAUACCAGAUGCAGCUACCAUUCCUCGUCUUCAAAGACAUGGUCCGCACCGCACCGGGAUACAUGCAGUGGUACGUCGAGCGGCCUCUCAAACAUCCGGCCGCGCUCGACGCAUUAAACUACAAGGAUCUCUGUCACACCUUGGUGCUGUGCAACUGGACCGUAGGCGCCCUGUUCGGCCGGACAGCGUACGAUGUCUUCGAGCGGAAUCCGCAUUGUCCGCCGCAUCAGCGUCUGCGGGUCCGCGAGCGGGAACGGAUGCUGCAACUCACGCUGGAGGCGCACACACUGGACAUUGACAAACUGCAGAUCAGCAUUCCGCGGCUGCUGGUGCGCUGCAGCGAACGCCGGACGCACGCCACCCCGCGCGUUAUGCAGGCGCUGAGUGACUACUGCCCGCCGGUCACGGAGGAGAUGCUGGCCAAGGUCACGGCGGUACAUGCGCGCUGGGUACGCACGCUGGCGUAUCCGGAGGAGUGGCAGGCCAUUCGUCAGUACCUGGUCGUGUUUAGCGGUUUCCACGCGGAUGGAACAUUGCACAUGUGGGACACCGUGGAUUUGCGGCUGAUGUGUCCACACUGAGCCGACUGGCCGUCUACGGCAUCAACGCAGUAUUCCGUAUAUAAUGCAUUCUGCCGGCGUUGGUCUCCUUCAUGUUAACUGUUAUCCUGACGUCGUCUGUAGCGGAUGAAAAAACUGAAUAUGAUUAGGAAAGGAGAAAAUGGUAAUACGAAAAAACACAUGGCUAUGGGCUGUAAUGGGUAAAUAAUGGGUUAGUGAUCACUGCUUUAUCGGAAACUGCUUCCUUGUUCCUAAAAUGGCCAUUUGUAAAGCUAACCUUUUCCAGAUUUGUUGUUUCCUUGCGAUUACGUUUGUU